AGAAAUACUUCCACCAUGACCACAACAGGGGUUUUUGUGCUUCUCUCCUUUGUGCUUUGCUGCUUCCCAGAUACUGCCUUUGGGGUUGAGGUGGACUGCAGUAAGUAUGUUAACACUACAAGUGAGGAAGGCAAAGAGGUGUUGUCCUGCAGCCCCAUCUUCAGCCCCAUCUGUGGCACCGAUGGAGCCACCUACAGCACCGAGUGCCAGCUCUGUUCCUACAACAUAGAAUAUGGAACCAAUGUCAGCAAAGAACAUGAUGGAGAAUGCGAAGAAGCCACACCUCUGGACUGCAGUAAAUAUCCCAACACAACAAAUGAGGAAGGCAAAGUGGUGACACUCUGCACCAAAGACUACACACCUGUCUGUGGUACUGAUGGGGUCACCUACGACAACGACUGCCUGCUCUGUGCCCACAACCUAGAGGCUGGAACCAGUGUUGAAAAGAAGUAUGAUGAUGAAUGUAAGAAGGAAAUUGCUUCAGUUGACUGCAGUGACUACCCUAAACCUGUCUGCUUGCAUGGUUACCAGCCUCUCUGUGGUUCUGACAGCAAAACAUACAGCAAUAAGUGUGACUUCUGCAAUGCAGUUGUGGACAGCAAUGGGACUCUCACUUUAAGCCGUUUUGGAAAAUGCUGA